AUGUCUGAUAUAAAAGUCUGUGAUAUAUCUCAAACUGAUAUAUUACAAACAUUGAAUCGAAUCAAUUUCGAUUCAUGGAAUUCAACUGAUUCAAAUGUUUUAUCGUAUUUAAAAUCACCCAUUCAGCAUGCAGCAUUCGCCGCUAAUUCAGAUACUAUCGGCAAAACAUUACGUCAAUCGAUUAUUCAUUUUCUUGAUACAAUCGAUAUUGAUCGUAAAAAUGUUUUGAAAGAUGAUGAAUUUCGGUCAACACGUACAAAACACUAUGAAAUAUUAGAACAAUCAAAUAAUAAUAAUAAUAAUAAGACAACAAUUGAAAUAACAAAUUUAGCACCAUUAGCAUUUGAACAAUUAAGAGAAAAGAUUCAUAUUUCAAGACAAGAUUUUCGUUCAUCAUUCGCUGAUGGAGAUUUAAUUAAUUUUGCUAAUACGGGUAAAAGUGGCUCACAAAUGUAUAAAACUUAUGAUGAUGUUUAUAUAUUAAAAACUCUUCGAAAUCACGAAGCAAAAUAUUUGAUACAGAUAUUACGUGGAUUAUAUUCACGUUAUACCCAAUUAUCAACAUUAAUGACGAGGUAUAUUGGCUGUUAUAGCAUUAGAAUUGGCGCACUAUUUACAACUGAAAUUUACAUUGUAAUUAUGGUCAAUAAUUUACCGUCUGUGGUCGAUGUACAUGAAGUUUACGAUUUAAAAGGAUCAACAAUGGGAAGAUUAUCAAGUAUUGAUUUACCAGAAAAACGAUUAAAAGCACUAAAAGAUUUGGAUUUUGAAGCGUAUUAUCCUCACGGUAUUCGUAUUCCAACAGAGAUUUAUCAUUCAUUAAGACGCGUUUUACAAUCUGAUGGAGAAGAAUUAAGAAAAUUGAAUAUUACAGAUUAUUCAUUAAUGCUUGGUAUACAUCAUAUCGAUUAUGAGUAUAAAGACAAUCAUAUUAGACGACCCGAAUUAGGUCUCAGUACACUAUUUUUGGCCACACAGUUCGCUACACUAAACAAACACACAUCACCAAAAACACCACCAUCACCAACUGUGUUAACAACACUAGUCACUGGUACAACAAAUGGUAUCAAAACAUUAAAACUAAAAGAAAAGAAAAGUGAUUCUUUGAAAAUGGAAAAAUUUCUUAUGAAACCGUUAAAGUUGAUACAUUUGCCGAAAGCACAAACAUUUGAUGAUAUAUUAAUUGCAAAACAGCUUUUAGCUAUUCCUGGUGUUACUGAGAAAGGACACCGUGUUUUAUUAUAUAUGGUUUUUAUUGAUAUAUUACAAACUUAUGAUAAUUUCAAAUAUUUUCAGUACAUGUUUCAAAAUCUAAGAGAUAGAGAACACGCAAAUCAAUAUAGUGUCAUAAGCCCCGAUCAAUAUGAACAACGUUUAUUUGAAUUUUUGUUCGAACAUGUAUUUAUCGAUUCUGGUCUAACAUUAAACGAAUUAUUGAAGUCUAAAGAUAAAGGACAAUACUUUAAACAUCAUCAUCAUCAUAAUCGUCCUCACAUUACUUUACCGAAAAUAACACGUUCACAUUCAUAUCAUGCUAACGUUAAUGAUAAUAAUCAAAAUCAAAAUGAACAGGAUAAAACAUCAAAACGAAAAUCAGCCAAUAUUUCAUUGAAUGAGCAAAAUAAUGGUUUAAGUUUAUCUAUAUCACUCGAUAAAAAUGACAUGAAUAAUAGGCGUCGUUCAAGUGCAUUUGAAAUAAUAACCUUACCUCCUCAACCAGUUGAAACAACAACAACAACAAUCACGACCACUACGGUAGAAGUUAAAAGUAUUAUUCAAGAAUAUACAAUUGUCAAUCCAUUAUUUAGCGAAAUUGAGAAUAAAUCACCAAAUGUUCUUCAUGAGUUAGUUCAACUAUCCUCAAUUCCUUCAACUCCGUCAACUCCCUCGUCGUCUAAAACAUUGAAUCAAUUAAUUAUACCAAGUAUUCACUGUGAUCAAAAUGAGAAUGAGAAUGAAAAUGAAAAAAGAACGUUUUUAUGA